CCUCAGUCGGGAACGCGUGCCCCAAAUCUCAAUUGAUCAUUCAGACCUACUCAUAGUUAGGUGACCUAAGGUUUUACAGUAUACUCCGUACAAGACCGGGAGUCUUUAGUGAGGGCGGCCCGCGUCCAUCUCCUAGGAACCUUCGUUGCAGUCAAUAACUCGCGGCCUACACCUGUCUAUGACUGCUUACUUCGAGAAAAUCCUCAACAUCCGGGCGACUUAUCUGCCGUUUCGUCCCUUCUCCCUGGCCCGUCUUAACAUCAUUGAGGUAAAUAGUGACAGGUCGACCAACUGAGGAAGGCUUCGCUCCUCUUCACUGAAUCCGAAAGACCCCGGGAUAAGUCAUCGCUGCUUUGAAACCCAUCGCCAUGACAAGUGGGACCGAAGCAAGAUGACCUCCUCGGCCAUCCCAGAAAGUAACCCGUCCUCUUCGCCACGAGGCCACAGUCAAAGCGAAAGGGACUCGUCCAACCGCAAAAAGCGCAAGGGUCCCCGUCUCGCCCACCGCAAGUCCAGGACCGGAUGUCAGCGAUGUCGCGCCCGACGAGUAAAGUGUGAUGAAGCGCGACCUGUGUGUCGCGACUGCCAUCGUCAUGGGAUCCCCUGUGUCUAUGACAGGCCCGCGGAGGAGAUCCAAUCUCGCCCACUCCAGCCCAGUUCAUCGGAUCUCAGUAAUAUAGAGUUGCGCUUGCUGCAUCAUUUUACCCUAUUCGCCAGUGCCACUCUGCCUGGGGCCCAAUUGAAGCGUGUCAAAGACUGUUGGUCGAUCGACGUGCCUCGACUUGCAUUCGGUUAUAAGCCGCUCCUGCACGCCGUCUUCGCAAUCUCGGCCCUGCAUCUGUCCAAAGCCAAUCCAGACGAAGCUGGCUUGCUGGACAUCCACUGCAACUUCCUCGAGCAGGCUUUGCGCGAACAUCGACUCUGUAUCGGCGGCAUAACUACGCAGACCGCGGAUGCGGUGUGCUUUACAAGCAUCCUGUUACAGGUCGACGUAUUUGCUACCUUACAGAAUCAUACUGUUGUUUCUUCCGAGCACGUCAGUGAAUGGAUGCGUCUAUUGCGCGGGUCGGUCGCUGUCUUUGACGCGGCCUUGGAGAUUGCGAGGCAUGAUACUCAUUCCGCGAGUAUCUGGUGUAUUAUUGAUACCUUUCCUAUCCCCUUGCGGACGAGUUCUGAUGCUGGGGCAUUUUCCUUCCUGCUUCCGACUGCGCCCGGCGACGAGGACAACGAUACGGCGCUAGAAGCAUAUCGAGGGGCCGUCGCGCAUAUCAACGCCUAA